UCGCCUCCAUUCACUAACACACACACACAGAGAGAGAGAGAGGGAGAGAGAGAGAGGGAGGUAGGUUGGUUGGUUCACAGAUGAAGCUUUGCGAUACAGGAACAAAACACAGCACCGGUUGAACCGGAGACCAGAGCAGAAGAGACUCGACCGCACACACACACGCACGCACACACGCGCGCACCGAGCGCUCCGGGUUUUACGCACCGAUCUGGAUGCUCAGUCUGGCUUUUUCGUUUCUUGCUUUAAAAUCAGAAAGGAAAGAAGAAGAAGAGGAGGAAAAAAAGCCCAAGCGGUGUUAUAUAACCGGAAGCGGAACGUCAGUGAGGCUGUAGCUUACUCACAGGCGCGCGUGAGUCAUUGAUAAACGCGCAGCUUUCCUGAGCGCAGUCGCAUGAAUGGACGGAACCGGAGCGGGUCUCCACUGCACACUUUAACCCAAAAACAAGCCGGAUUUUUUUUGGUUUGUUUUCAUUCCUUGAUCAGGAUCGAGAUCCAGAGUGUGCCUUUUUAUUUUUAUUAUUAUUAUUUAUCAUCAUUAUUAUUAUCAGCCUACUAUUAUAAUUUUUACGCCGCACGCGCGGUCUAUGCUCCGGCCUGGUGCUGAAACGCCGCGGCCUCUGGACUCUGCACGACGCUUCGCACCCGACACCGAAAGCCCGUACCGCACACCCCGAUGCUCGAUAAGUUCCGACCCGCGCAGCUCGACACGGUAAUGGCGAUCAGCAAGAGCGUGGCGUGGCUCCGGGAGCAGCUCGAGACGCGCCGCGAGCGCCUGCUCGUGAUGGACUGCCGUGCGCGCGAGCUCUACGACUCGUCGCACGUCGAGGCGGCCAUCAACGUGGCCAUCCCGAGCCUCAUGCUGCGGCGGCUCAAGAAGGGCAACCUGCCAGUCAAGUCCCUGCUCUCUGACGGACAGGACCGAGAGCGGUUCGCGCGGCGCUGCAGGACCGACACCAUCGUGCUGUACGACGAGUGCAGCCGCGAGUGGAACGAGAACGUGGACGGCGGCUCGGUGCUCGGUUUACUGCUCCGGAGGAUGAAGGAUGAGGGGUACAAAGCCUUUUACCUCGAAGGCGGUUUCAGUAAGUUCCAGUCCGAGUGUCCGGCGCUCUGUGAGACCAACCUGGACGGCUCGUGCGGCGGAAGUGGUUCUCCUACGUCACACGUGCUGGGCCUCGGUGGCCUGCGCAUCAGCUCUGAUUCAUCGGACAUCGAAUCGGAUGCGGAUCGUGAGCCCGGCAGCGCCACCGACUCGGACGGCAGCCCGGCGUCGAACCCGCAGCCGUCCUUCCCUGUCGAGAUCCUGCCACACCUGUACCUGGGCUGCGCCAAGGACUCCACCAACCUUGAUGUGCUGGAGGAGUUCGGCAUCAAGUACAUCCUGAACGUGACCCCGAACCUGCCCAACCUUUUCGAGAACGCAGGAGAGUUCAAGUACAAACAGAUCCCCAUAUCGGACCAUUGGAGCCAGAACCUGUCUCAGUUCUUCCCAGAGGCCAUCAGCUUCAUCGACGAGGCUCGAGGUCAGAAGUGCGGUGUCCUCGUGCACUGCCUUGCCGGUAUCAGCCGCUCUGUCACAGUGACUGUAGCCUACCUGAUGCAGAAGCUCAACCUGUCCAUGAACGAUGCCUACGACAUUGUAAAGAUGAAAAAAUCGAACAUCUCGCCAAAUUUCAACUUCAUGGGCCAGCUGUUGGACUUUGAGCGCACGCUGGGACUUCAGAGCCCGUGCGACAACCGAGCUUCUGCGCCGUCGCAGCCGCUGUACUUCAGCACACCCACCAAUCACAACGUCUUCCAGCUCGACCCGCUCGAGUCCACGUGAGACGACGAACGCGGCCGCGAAAGGUGCCUGACGAUCCCAAUGUGGCUUUCUGUCUUUUUUCCUCUCUCAAACAGAGGAGGGUUUUUCCCGGACGUUUUUGACGCAGCUGGCGCAAGAUGCCAACUGUCGUGAGUUAGCCGAUGACGCGCCAGUGCGCUUUGGCUUGAAGCAGAAAGGCAGCUGCUGUACCAUUGGGACGGAGAAACGCAGCUCUGUAUCUCUAAGACUCUCUAAGGUAGUUCCUGCUUUCUAUCUUCGUACUCAAGCAUGUGAAGUCUGUCAAAAUGAGGAACUUCUGGUGUGCCAAAGAGACUGGAAUCAGACAGUUAAAAAGAAAUAAAAGUAAAGAGAGACUUGUUUUGUUUUAUUUCUGUUUUUAUUCUAGCACUUGCACCUUGACGUUUUUUUGGGUGUGCUCUUCUCCUUGUCUUCAGUGAAGACUUGCCUGUUUUUGGGGUUUAAACAAAAUUACAAACACCCUCGUUGACGAUGGCACAGUAUCGUGUCCUCCAGUUUGUUUGUGUGGAGACACUUUUGAAUCGUUUAUACGUGUGUAUAUUAAGGUCAUUAUUAUAGCCACAGUAUACCUGUUACGAAAAAAAAAAACAGGUACCGAAUCUUUUUUUGUUUUGUUUUUUUUGUCUUCUUUUUGUCAUCUAAACUGAAUAUUGAUCAAUAUUAUCUGCGAUAAAUGCCAAAAAAGAAUCUAGGUUUUGUGAGAUCAUAAAUGUGUAUAUUGUAAUAUAUUUCUUUUUCUUUGCUUUAUGAACGAGCCUUUAUCAGCCUUUUCUUCUGCAUCCUUCUACCCUCUGAGAGUCACCUUGUUACCCCUUGCCUUAGGUCUUCUGUACAUAGGAGUAUCGUCAUGCAUUAACUUCUUCUCCAAGCAAUUCCUCAUCCAGCUUCUCCAUCACCGGCUGUCAGAGCUAUAAAUUAACGGCGAUAUUCAGAAAGUAUUGUUCAAACUCGUAUCAGUAUGUGUUCGAGUCGAGAAUAUGGCUGCAUGCUCAUGACGAAUCUAGUACCAGGACGCCUUGAUUAUAUAUUUUUUUGUUUAAUGUUGAGAACGAUGGAAGAUCGUAGUGGGUGGUGUUUGUUCCUUUGUAUGUUUUUUUUUGUUUUGUUUUGGUUUUUUUUGGUGCGAUUCGAGGUCUCUGAAAUGUCGGCAAUGCGGGAGACGUUUGUACGCCUCUGCUCUUCAGGGAAAUUCUGUGAAAUGCAAUUUAGUCGUCUGAUGUGGAUUUAAAUGGGAACCUGGUUCCCUCAAAGCAAAGGCCUGUUCUGAAGGAGGAAGGUUCCACUUUAGGACCCGUCCUUCCAAACCUACGAAUGUAAAGAGAUGAUAAGUUAUUAAUAAAUUGCUAUUUUGUCUAUUCAAACCUA